AUGGCUGCAAACGCCAAGUACACGGCUGCUCCUACGCAGGACCCCGACGACCACCUCAAUUACACCUCCGCUCCGCCGUCCUACCAGGCAACUGGCUCCGCCGCAGCGCAGCCCUCCGAUGCCGACCGUCUUGCGAGCGGCCUACCGCGGUCAAGUGAGGAUGACCUCCCUGAUGACUUCAAGUUUGGCGGCAGCGUGGCCGAGGCUACUGUUGAGAUUCGCCACCAGUUCAUCCGCAAGGUCUACUCCAUCUUGACCGUCCAGCUGCUUCUCACCGGGGGCGUCAGCACCCUCGGUUUCAUGAGCAAGUCCUACCACGAUUGGGUGAGGUCGCAUCCCGGCCUCCUCUGGCUUUCUCUUUUCGGCGCCAUGGGCAUGAUGCUGCUGACCUACUGGAAGCGCAAAUCCUACCCUACCAACCUGCUCUUCCUCGGCGGUUUCACCCUGCUCGAGGCAUACACCAUUUCGGUCGUUGUGACCUUUUACAAAACGUCGGUUGUGCUCAACGCCGUCCUCCUGACGGCCGGCAUCUUCGUCUUCCUGACCGCAUUCGCCUUCCAGACCAAGUACGACUUCACCUCAUGGAUGCCGUACCUCUUUGGCGCCCUGUGGGGCCUCGUCCUCUUCGGCUUCGUCGCCAUGUUCCUGCCCUACAGCUCCACCACCGAGCUCAUCUACGGCGGCCUGGCAGCCCUUAUCUUUAGCGGCUACAUCCUUGUUGACACUCAACUCGUCAUGCGCACCCACCACGUAGAGGAGGAGAUCGCUGCUGCUAUCAGUCUGUACCUCGACAUCAUCAACCUGUUUCUCGCCAUCCUUCGUAUCCUCAACAGCCAGGAGCAGAACUAA